UUGUUUCAGUCACUUUUAAUAAUAUUAUUUUUAUAAUAACAAUUUCGCUUGCUUAAUUGAUUAUAAAACACCUUACAACACACAUUAAAACACCAACUCCCGAAACAUAUUUACAUUUUUUUUACAUUGACAUCAUGUUGUUUUGGAAGCGUAAAUUAAACUUUACAGUGACGGACGGAGUCUAUGGUAUAAUCAUACUUUCUAAAAUAUGUGGUUUUGUUUUUGCUAUUAAACAAUUAUUAUAUAACAGCAACAACACCUGGAAAUAAAUUAUGUAUCAUAAUUUGAGAAUAAUAGUCUUCAACUUAGAUCAAUGUAACUUUCUUAAUUAUGCAUGUCAUUAUCUGAAAGGUCGUAGGGUCUCGCUACUGAUGAAGAGCUAAAUUUGAAACAUGAGACAACGGAGACUCAUCACAUAUACCUCCAAAAAUAACAUACGAUCUAGUUUUGAGUUACAGAAAAUUAACCUAUUUACUGCAUUAUGACAUCUCAAAUCAAAGGGGAGUAUAAGAGUUAAGGGUCAAAGAGUGACCCGAUUUUGAUGUGCAUGUUGUAAUAGACUUAUUAAGAUUGUAGGGGGCCAACUAGACUCAAACAUGCCACAGAACUUUUACUUAAUUUACAGAAAUACAUUCCAUGUUAUAAACCAGAGGAUGCAUGUUUGCGUUUCGACGAACACACACACACGUAUUCUCUCAGACACAUACGGAAAUCAUAUUUUGAAUUUUCAAAGUUUUUAAUUCAAAACAAAAGAAAUAAAAUCACUGCUAUUUAACUGUUUUGACCGAUAGGAAAUGUGGAAAGCAAGCGAUGAUUUGGAACACGGUAAUUCAUCGAAACAACUUCAAACAACAAAACGGAAGUUAUUGUUGCGCUGAAUAUGAUAAUGAGUUACGCACUUAGUGUACAUCCCAGGUGGUAAUUUGCAUAUUUAUUCCCACAACGUGUAAGCAUGUACUGUUGUACGAAAACGGCAUAUUGAAGUUGGUGUUUUUAAUUGUUACAUGCUAAUUGGAAUAUAAAAGUAAUUUAUAGGAGCUGAUCUUUCUAUCUGCGUUAAUAAAGAAAGUGUGAAAUGCAUUCCACGAAUUGGGCCCACCACCAGCCAGUGAACGGGACUUCGUAUUCACUCGGUGGAAGCAACUCUGAAGCCCAAAUCCAGAGAAAUAUUAAUAUAGGUGCCGGGCCAGCUGAGUGUUGUUACCGAGCAACCUGUUAUUCUGAUUCGUGUACAGGUGAUGUAUAUGAUAACAUGUGGGACACAAUUCACCAUCCACAUUACCCUACAGGUUCCUAUGGUAUUAGUGGUUCUUUGAGUACGAACGAGGCGAGCAUCGCCGUAGGUCAGGCAGUAACAAACAGCAAUAGAAAUUACAUUGGACACGGUAAAUCACAUCGCGAUGGACCAGUGAUCCGUGAUCCACCGCCUGUAACACGAAGCAUACCCCAGCUACCAUUUGCACCAGCUUCAAACGACUAUAACCCCGUGGUCUUGCCUAAAAUAACGAACACAGACGUACAUGCGCCGGUGUCGGUGCGACCCAUUUCAGUUGGCUUACCAACAACGUACCAACCACCAAUAACAAUCCCAACAUACCCACAUCCGAAUGCAUUCACUAUGCCUGCUGUGGUCCAAGCUCCUGCUAGUUUUGAAGUACCCGGGCAAUAUGUGCCUAUUCGUCUGCCGGCGAUGUUCAAGCAACCGCCGCCGACAGAAAACAUUCAGAUUUACAGGCCUCAAAGUCAGAGGGUCGUACCCAGGUCUUACCAAAGUACCAGCGUAAGAGAGCUACUGAAAGCGAAGGCUAGGUAUUCCAACAAUUAUCAUUUCUCUCCACUUAGAUGUACAAAAAGAGUUAAAUCUACCCGUGUCCGGGCUAUCCAUGCAGCGAAUACGGAUCUCAAUAAGACAAACUCCGAGAAAAGAAGGGUAGCAAAUGCAAGGGAGAGAGAACGCGUCAGUAACCUAAACUCGGGAUUCGAAAAACUCCGUAAACAUUUACCGGGUAUAGAAAGAUACAAAAAUCGAAAGUGUAGUAAAGUGGAUACACUACGAUUUGCAAUUAACUAUAUUCAUCAGCUCGAACGAACAUUAUGGGAAGAUGAUAUGUGCAAAAACCGUGUAACAUCUGCCACAGAGGUCAAUCGAGACGUCAGUAUAUGGCACGUCGUUCCGGUAAAUCCUGGCGAAUCCGGCCUAGCAAGCCAAGUGACUGGAUAUAAAGCCUAUCAGGUAAUAUAAGAUAUACUCGUGAACGUGGAGGAUGAUACGUGUUGAAAGUGUUAAUUUUCCUAGAAUCGUGAUACAGGCGUGAUGUUGGCCAUUUAUUUUAAAAGAGCAAUACAUAGUAAUAUGGAAGAAAAUGAA